CCCUGGUCACCAGGCUGAUUGGGCCUGACACUGAGAAGACAGCUGCCAGGAGCCUCGCUUGGAGGGGCAGCUUUGCUGGACACUGUCCCCAAGCUCUGAAGAAGCCCUACACUGAUCUGAGUUUCCUCAUCUAACUUCAGUGGCCUGGGAAUAGAUCAGAGCCAGAGGGGUGUGAUAUUCCAGUUGGGGUGCAGUGCACCAUAGGUAAGAACAAGAGUUGACACAUAAAACAAGAAAGGAUUCUGUUCCUUGACUUUCUCCACUCCGAGGUAAGGACCAUGGCCCUGCUUCCAUCACUCCUUGUCCUCCUCUUGUAUGUGGGAGCAUCCUCAUCAGAGUCAAAAAUCUGUGAGGACACCCUGAAAACCUGCUCCGUGAUUGCCUGUGGCACCCCAGGCAGAGAUGGAAGAGAUGGACUCAAGGGAGAGAAGGGAGAACCAGGUCAAGGGCUCAGGGGCUUGCAGGGCCCACCAGGGAAAUUGGGGCCUCCAGGAAAUGUAGGGGCUCCCGGAAGUCCAGGACUAAGAGGCCAAAAAGGAGAUCGUGGAGAUAGUUCAGCUGCUGAGGCGAAGCUGGUGAAUUUGGAGACAGAGAUAAGGACUCUGAAAUCAGAACUGGAGCACAUCAAGAAGUUGCAAGCCUUCUCCUUGGGCAAAAAGUCUGGGAAGAAGCUCUUUAUGACCAAUGGUGAAAAGAUGCCCUUCUCCAAAGUGAAGGCCCUGUGCACGGAACUCCGAGGCACCGUGGCUACCCCCAGGAACGCUGAAGAAAACAAGGCCAUUCAAGAUGUCGCCAAGGACAACGCCUUCAUAGGCAUCACUGAUGAGAUAACGGAAGGCCAGUUCAAAUAUGUGACAGGAGGGACGCUGACCUAUAGCAACUGGAAGAAGGAUGAGCCCAAUAACUAUGGAGGAGGAGAGGAUUGUGCCAUCAUCCUAAAGGAAGGGAUCUGGAACGACAUUUCCUGCAACACCCCCUUCCUGGCUGUCUGUGAGUUCCCAGCCUGAGGAAGCUUGGGCUUCCGUCGCCUCCUCGGAUCCUUGCUGAACUCUCAGCUACUUCCAAAGAGAAUUAAGUGUUGAUUUUCCCCAA